AUGUCUUCCGAGUCGUCUGAGGGCGGUUUUGUGCCGAGCGACGAACAGAUGCUGGCAUUGCUCAGCCAAAUACAAGACUGGCAAAUCAACCAUGGCUCUUUACUCAAGAACCUCGAGUCUCAGACAGAGCACAGCGUAUUCUCUUACCCCGUGGGCGUGAGUGUCUACCCUACUCCUUUUCCAAAAUCGCAGUUCCGCAAGGCAAUGGAUCUUCAGCCUGUAUACAACGAGCUGUAUAUGGCGGUUGCUGGAGACGAGGAAUGGCUCUACAAUGCAACAAAAGAGCUCAUUCCCACCGAGCCCCUCGCCAAUGCCCUAUGGGGAAUUCACGAGCAAAGCAAGGAAGCGGAGAGUGUACAAGAAAUCUCAGCUGCAGUCUUUCGAUCGGAUUAUAUGCUCCAUAUGAGUGGUAUCGAGUCGUCAGAUUCCUUGGCCGAGCAUGAAGCCACGUUGAAGCAAGUCGAAUUCAAUACUUUCUCAUGUGCAGGUGCUGCCCACGCAAAAAGAGUUGCAGAUAUGCAUCGCUACAUGACACGCACAGGGUUCUAUAACUUUGGGGAUGCGACCGAACAGCAACGACCGAACGCAGCCUCACUCCCACGCAAUGACAACAUUGAGUCAUUGGCAUCCUUGUUAGCCACGGCCCAUAAGGCCUAUGGUGCACCGAGGAGUAAAGGGGCGGAGCAGACAGCAAUACUGCACAUCGUGCAGCCUUACAACUUCAACAUCGCGGAUGAAAGACCGAUUGAGUAUGCGCUGUGGGAGCGAGAAGAGCCGGUGCACAAUUAUCGGCUCGAGUGGGGGGAAGAUAUCCUCCAGUACACCACCCUCACGGACACAAACGAAUUACUUUUCCACCCACCAUGGCUAGCUGCUCAUGACCCGGUGGAGGUAUCUGUUGUUUACAUGAGGGCUGGGUAUGAGGCGCAUGAAUAUGAUCACACUGGAUGGCAGGCCCGUCUACGCCUCGAAAAGUCUAUUGCCAUCAAAUGUCCAUCUAUUCUGUCGCAUAUCUCGACCUUCAAAAAAGUCCAGCAGGCAUUGACUGCGCCUGGUGCACUGGAACGAUUCCUUGCACCCGAUAAGGCUGAAUUAAUUCGGAAUACCUUCGUCCAACAAUAUCCACUGGAUCAGUCUGUGGAGGGGCUGCGUGCGCAGAAGAUCAUUCGCGAUGACCGCAUCUCGAAUCAUAUAUUGAAACCUUCCCUGGAGGGUGGAGGAAACAAUGUGUAUGAUGAUAUUCCGGAGUUCCUUUCCUCGAUUCCUCCUGCUGCACGGUCAUCAUACAUCCUCAUGGAGCGAAUUGAGCCUCCUCUCUCGAGAAAUCUCUUGGUGAGUCGUGCUGGGGCCCAAGAAGGUCUGGUAGUGUCAGAGCUUGGUGUCUAUGGCACUUGUCUUUGGAAGAAAACCGAAGCCUUAUGCAACACCUGCGCUGGGUGGUCUUUCAAGACCAAACACGCCGACGUGGAUGAGAUGAGUGUUGUGAAGGGAUAUGGGUGUUUCGAUACUCCUUUGCUGCAGUAG